CUCCCACCUUCCAUAUUUUCCCUACUAUUAUGGAAAUCGUUGGUACUUUCCGUUGGAAAACGCAUUGUGAAUUACGAAACAGAAAAAAACAUCAGAUUCCAGAUCGACAAGGUAUUAUCGAUGAAUACUCGUACCGAAGUUUAAUUGACGAAGAAAAAAAUUACAGCUAAGGGAUCAAACUUGACCAUCAAUGAAUUAGUUCAAUUGACAAAGAAAAUAAUUAAUAGCUACGGUCGAAAUUAAUCAACGAUCUAUUAAUUAACGAAAUUCGACUACAACUUGUAUUAUCGUUGCAGUUAAAAGUGUUUAGUGGUUUAUAGUGCGCGAAUCAUGGCGAAUGAAAAAAACCUCAAAGAAUCUAUUCUAGGAGCAUCACCUUUUCUCAUUAAAGUUUUAGAAUUGGUAUUAGCGUUACUGAGCAUCAGUUUAAUAAUUUCACCAUACAAUAAAGUGCAACCAAGUAACGGAAAAUCGGGUCUAAUAUACUCGGCGUUCACCGGCGCUAUUCUCAUCAACAUAUUAAUCAUAGUCUGUCAUUUCAUUGGCGAAAGAAUACCCAAAAAAGCAUGUUUAAUCAUCAGCUGUUUCUACGGAGUGUUUAUGCUGAUAGCUGGCUUCAUCGUUAUCCAAGAUUGGAGAAAUAUACAAACAAAUAUUUACGCCAGACAGUUCAAAUACCACAUGGAUAUGAUGUUAGCUUCAGGUGUUUUCUCUAUAUUCACAAGUGUUUCAUUCUUCGCUGAUAUUGGUUUAACGAUCAAGUAUGCUUGAAAAAUUCACUAAGUACAUACUUACCUAUUAUAAAAGUUUCAUCUAAUUAGAAUAAAUAUUUUCUACUGCAGUAAAAUAUAGAAUGUUCAGUUUGUUUUCCAAGGAAUUUUAUAGCAUAAGUUCAACUUCGUUUGUUUGUUUUACUUAUUUUCCUCUGUUUCUCGUAAAAGAUCUUUCGAACAUAUGGUUUUUGAAGUAUGCAUUAAGCAUUCUACCAGUAAAAUCAAACGUACCUUCUCACUUUUAGCCAAAUACAACCAUAAUCUUCUCCAUGUGGUGAAUCUCUUGUUAUCACUAAAAUUGUACUUCAUUUCCGGCGAAGCGUAUCUUGUCGAGAAUGGAGACACAAAGGUAUUCACUGAAUCGCACAUGAUGAAAGUUCAUGAAACUGCACGAAACCCAGCACCAAGACCACGAUUGUACACAACUUCUAAGACUUUGUAAACUUGCAAACUUUUCUCUUCAAUUUUCAAUUCAAAUUCGGAAUGAAUUGAUAACUCGAUCCCAACUUCGUUUGUGAUGUAUGCGCAGUAGGUGUUAUUUUUAAUAGAUUCUGCGCAAUGAGGGUAAAUUGCUUCGUAAUUACCGUAUUUUACCUUGAAAACAAUCAAAAAUGAAAUGAUUCUGAUUCAUCUUUAAAAUUUGAAUUUUAUUUUUUUUGAAGUGCUAUUGAGAUGGACUACCUAUACCAUUGAUGUAAAAAUAAUUGUAAUUGACUAUAUAUACAUAUAAUAACCAUUUGCCUAAAUAUUAUCAAUGUGGUAGGCAUUCUUUUAUCAGUAAAAUAAAAAAUUAAAGCUUUUA